GAGACCCCAAUGAAACCCUCUCAGCCCCCAGGACGCCUCUCCAACCCCAACACCUACCCCCUGCCCAAACGGGUGCUACCCUUGACCAGCCACGAACUGGACAAACUCAGGGCGAAGCCCGUUCCUGGCCUGCCUCCUCACCCUCCCCACCCACCAGGGUUGCACCACCGAGCCUCUGGGGGUGGAGGUGGGGGGGAAGCCAAGGAUGGCCCAGCCAACUUUACAAACACCCUAACCAGGAAGAUCCAGCAUUCCCACAGACCCCAGACCCCCCACAACCCUGUGACCCCUAAACCCUCUAGGGGCAUGACCUUUAACCCUAGGGGUGGUAUGGGAAGGGACAACCCCCUGUCGCCCCCCUCUAUCCCCCCAUGCAGAGUCAGUGCCCCCAGCAGAAGAAAGGACUAUGGAGCGGCGCCGAGGGAAGACAUGAACAAGAAGCUCAAGGUAGAGAUUCUUUUGAGUUUGUUCUCUUUUCUCUGAUCACAUCCCUAUCAGGGUUGGGGUCAAUUCCCAUUCCAGUUCUCUUCAAUGCUUUUCAGUGGGGUGAAUUGGAAUUUGGUUUACUUUCUGAAUUGAAAUGGAGUUGACCCCGACCGUGAUCCCUACAUACUUUAUUUGCUGUAUCUAUCUACUUUCCAUUGACAUAGAAAUCUCACGGCAGCUUUACCUCAUGUCUAUCCACCACACUUAUAGGUUGGAUCCAGUGAUAUUGGGAGCUCUAGACCUCUGUUCCCUGCUGCCCAGACCCACAGGCUCUCUGUGCCCCCAACCGUUACCUCCAGACCGGGGCAGAGCAGCCAGCCGCAACUCUCCCCUUACAUGGACCCCCGGAGCCCGGAGAGCAGCCCAGCAGAGCGCAGGCACCACUUCUCCCAGAAGCUCUCGCAGUCUCUCCAGUCUAUCCGCCAGUACAAAGUAGGAGGAGACGGGAAGGAGAGUACAAUGAGGAAUGGUGGUCCACUGUCACCGACCACACGCAUCCCUGUCACUCCACAGCAGGUACACUACAUGACCAGAAGUAUGUGGACACCUGCUGGUCGAACAUCUCAUUCCAAAAUCAUGGGCUUUAAUAUGGAGUUGGUCACCCCUUGAAGGGAAAUAUUAACGCUACAGCCUACAAUGACAUUCUAGACGAUUCUGUGCUUCCAACUUUGUGGUAACAGUUUGGUGAAGGCCCUUUCCUGUUUCAGCAUGACAACCCCAUCGAACACCUUUGGGAUGAAUUGGAACGCUGACAGUGAGCCAGGCCAAAUCGCCCAACAUCAGUCCCCGACCUCACUAAUGCUCUCGUGGCUGAAUGGAAGCAACUCCCCGCAGCAAUGUUCCAACAUCUAGUGGAAAGCCUUCCCUGAAGAGUGGAGGCUGUUAUAGCAGCAAAGGGGGGACCAACUCCAUAUUAAUGCCAUGAUUUUGGAAUGAGAUGUUCAACGAGCUUUUUGCCAUGUAGUGUACUUCAUUGAUCCCGAAACUCCAUGUCCGGAGCAGAUACAAACAAAUAGACUAUAUUCUAAACUAAACUGUCUCACUCUCACCUCACACAGGCAAGUAAAUAAUGACAAUUCAAUGAUGUUGAUAUUUGGUUCUCUUCUGUUUCGGUCUUUCCACAGAGUCGUGGUUCCCUGGAUCACAGAGGAACCACACCCUCUAACGAGCGGUUCACUCCAGGUACAAAUUAGACCUACUAACUCUUAUGUAAAAAAACAAGCCCAUCAUAGACCUCCUAUUUUAGAUAACUGAACCCUAGUAAAUGUAGUCUAUAAACACAUCAAUAGGUUAACCAUCUCCAAAUGAUAUGUUUCAAUGUUGUUCUUUUUGUACAGUAACAAUGCUGAUGCAGACGUAGUAGUUUCUGAGGCCCCUUCUGCCAUUUGACUAAUGACUUGUUGAGAGUAGUAUACCAUGCAAAUUCAGGCUAACUUUGCAUGAAGUGCACCUGUUUGCUGUUAGAGUUUAUCUAGUGGGCCUCUCUGUAGCGUGUGCUAAAAGCCUUGAAAAUGUGGUUAUCACAAUUCAGACUUAACAAUUAAUGUCAUAUUUUGACAGCUUUGUAAAAACCCACAUACUCUCAUUCUCUAGUAUUUUACUUGUUGGACUUUACAUGAAAUAUUCUAUUUACUGUGAAUGUUGUUGUUGAUGAUGUUUUCUCCCAAAAGGAGGCACCAGAUCCCUGUCUCUGAAGAGACUCAGACACCCAGACUUGGAGGGGAGAAACAGAGGAAUAGCAGAGUACAUGGCUAAUAAGAGACUGCGUCCAGAGGACUAUAUCCCAAGCCCUAUCAGUACCAGUCACCCAUCCUAUGGAACAGCCAGGUGAGUGGGGCAGAGGGGUAGACAUUUAAUUUAAUGCAACUUUAUUUGUCCCCUUCGGGCAAUUACUAUUAGGGCUAACUUUGUAUGACGUGUAGUUGCUGGAUAUUACUACAGAAAUACGGACAAUGGAGUAAGCUAACCUUAUCGUUUGUCUUGUGAUCGUAUAUAUAAUUGCGCUAACUAAGCUCAUAAGGCAUUUAGAAGUUAUAUUCUACAAGAAUCAAUGAAUACAAUAUCAAUUGAAAUAACCAUUGAAAAGCCAGAAAUCUUACUGAUUGUGAUCUCUGUAAAGCCUGGUUUGUGAUGGCUAAAUGCUCUGUUGUGAAUACAUUUGAUUUAAUUUGACCCCGUACUCCUAGUUCUAAGAUGUCCCCCAGCCCCAACCCAUCCUACCUGAAGAAAGUCUUCAUGAAGAACAGUCUGAGCUCAAGUCCUACUCUAAGGUUGAAGGAGAGACUCACCCCUAAGAAGACAGAGGAAGGGAUGGAGAGUGGGAGUAGGACUGUCCCUACCUAUCCACUCUCCACACCCAAGCCUGCGAGGCAGCGCUGCACCGGCCAUGGACAGACGCCAUGCUGCAAUAGUGUGAGGGAGAACGGCAACCCUCAGGCUGGAUACAGGAGAAUUGAUCACCAAUCUGGCAACACUCAAUCUUUUUACAGUGGUAGUAAUCCCCAAACUGGCAACCACUACAGCCAAUCUGGCAACCCAGCCAACCUGCCAGUCACAAUCCCUAGUAGAGGAGAAUGCAGCAGAGAUAAAGAGGCCAGAGAGCGAGAGAGUAGAGGAGGAGAACCGACAGGUCGCCCCGACGGGAGAACUCCCAAAACUUCCUCGAAGUCUCAGAGCUCGGACUCGAGCUGCCCUAGUUUUCGGCGCCGUCACGCAUUGGAAAAGAACCGACACGUCUCUGUCCCCCGGAGAACGAGUGCCUUGCCAGAUGACCUGAAUGACCUUUUCACCCCUGACCCCAUAACCUCUAGCCCAUCUAGAGCAGCGAUGACCUUUUCCCCCAGUCCCCAGAGAGGAGACGGUUCGCCCUCUGUACACAACAAGGUUCCUCUGUCUGUUGUGUUGGCUACUGUCAGUAGUGCUACUAUGGGACCGGGGUCCCCCUCUUUAACAAGCCCAAGAGAAAUCCCCCCAAAAUCCCUCUCACAGCGAAUGCUGUGUCCCAAGAUCUCUCCCUGUACGGACACUGCAAUGGACCCCUGUAAGCUACUCCUGGACCCCAAAAUCUACUCCUCCUUUGUAAGGCUGGAGAUGGGCAGGAAUGACUUGACUAAACUAGAGACUGGCUUGUAUAGAGCCAUCACCAGCACUCCUUCUUCCUCAGGGAAGCCCUUGUCCUGUAAGGAGGAGUCUGUUAAGAUGGAGGAUGUCGCCUCAGGACUGAAAACGAGAUCUCCUGGUAUUGCUUUAGCAGGGUUGGAGUCACCUAUGGAUGAGGAUGAGAAUUCCUACCUCAAGACUGAGUCCUCCGUCCUGAAAACUAUCCCCCUCUCAGCCUCUGCAAAGUCCUCAUCCUCGUGUAAUGACAAGUCGUUUAGCAUGGAGACGGCAGACCUCAAAAUCAGUCCCACCUCACCCCUGGACCAACAUGGACAAGGAAAGGAGGGUGAAGAGAGGAAGGAAGGAGACCAGAAGUUCCAUAAGAGUUUAUUGUUUUUUGAGGAAGGAGAAGAAAGAAGCAAGAAGGAAAAUUCCCAGAAGAGUCUGCCAUUUCUGGAGGAGGACCCUCUGGAUGUGGAGCUGGGCCUAGGCCUCGACCUGAGCCUGGGGCUAGAGUUGGCGCUAUCCCAGACCAGCAGCAGCAGUGACGAGGACCAGCUGCCGUCCCUGCAGCAGAUCCUGGACCUUACCGCCCGGCCCCCAGACACCCCAGAAAAAGGAACCUUCCCUGCUCCCAGCAGCCCCGUUGGGCUCCGACACCACAGCCAGCCAGUAAGAGGCUACUAAAAUGUUUUAUUUACUUAUUGUAAUUUUCCAGUUUUGAUGUAGGCCUAAAUAUGAUCCAGAAGCCACUAUAACCAGUCUGUAAGCAGCAACUUUCUAUACUGUCAUUUAUAUGGUUUGGUUGUAUUUGGUUGUAACUUACUGUAGAAGGUUAGAAAAGUUCAAAUGACUAAUUUUGAAAUGCCGUAAAAUAGUGGACUACAAAUCCCAAGUCGUCACUAACAAUGCUACGGUGUUUGGUACAGUGUUUUACACUAGUAUGACCUCAGUCUAAAUGGGUGUUCUCUCUGGCAGCCUUCGUCAUCUAAAGCCAAACCCACGAGUUACAGGAACAACCUGGAUGAGAUGCUGAAGGAAAAGGAGACCAUUCAAAGGUAUUGCUUUAUCAUAAGUGACAUUAUAGUGCUAUUUUCUCCAUGUGGGUCUUGGAGAUGGAGAAAUUGCUUUAAAAUGACAACGUGCCAUUGUUGUGAGAUGACACAUUGCUGUUAAACGUUCUGUCCUUGUUGUUUUCCCCCAAGGUCUAAGGUGAUGGAGAGGUCUGCAUUACUUAAACGAGUUCUAUAUCAUAUUGUAUGAGUACUAUGUCACAACACUGUUGUGGUUAUUCCCCCCAGGUCUAAGGUGAUGGAGAGGUCUCUGCAUUGCUUAACCCCCUAGAGUUGAUUAACGCAGUUUAAGAUAGAGAUAUCUGUUUUCUUGCAUUGGUUGCAUCUCAACCAUCGCUCAUCGCAUCUGCCGUGGAAGGUGGCAGAGCUAGAGGGGUGUUGUGAUGUCGAAGAAGUCAGGCGCAGGAGGGUAAAUCACAGAAUAACAGGCUUUAUUCCGCAAAUCCAGCGUUAUGCAGUAAUGUGUCCAAAAAUACUCCAGUGCGCAAAACAGGCGCACUGGAAAAUACAAGGCACACAGGGAAUUAUCCCGGCGAUACAAAAUACACGGAGCUCCGCCGAGCUUAACUAUCCUCCACAAUAAACAAUCACACACAAAGACAAGGGGGCAGAGGGAACACUUAUACAGGUACUGAUGAGGGGAUAUGAAACAGGUGUGUGUGAACAACAAGACAAAGCCAAUGGAAUGAUGAGAUGAGGAGCGGCAGUGGCUAGAAGGCCGGUGACGACGGCCACCGAAGCCUGCCCGAACAAGGAGAGGAGGCAGCUUUGGAGGAAGUCGUGACAGGUGUUUGUCAGACCAUGAGACAUCCCGCAAAUCGGUCUUCUCACGAAAACGUCUGUAGCGUCUGAACGGUUUGACCUAAAAAACUAUUAUGACUAUGGAAAGGGGAGACUCUCACGAACACGAUGGUGGUAUCCGUUUAGCUUUGUGUCAGGGGACUCGUCUGAAGUCGGUACAGUCGAUGUGCCUACUUCUGUUUGUAGAGUACGAACCAUUUGGGCUACAAACUAAUCCUGUACCGUUUAAAAUAAUGAAUGGAAGGAUGAAUGUAGUUUUGUGCCUACGCAAAAAAGGGUUAAAUAUGUGUAAAGAAAUAUCUUUUACAUUUUAGUCAUUUAGCAGACGCUCUUAUCCAGAGCGACUUACAGUUAGUGAGUGCAUACAUUUAUUUUUAUUUUUUUCAUACUGGCCCCCCCGUGGGAAUCGAACCCACAACCCUGGCGUUGCAAACGCCAUGCUCUACCAACUGAGCUACAUCCCUGCCGGCCAUUCCCUCCCCUACCCUGGACGACGCUGGGCCAAUUGUGCGCCGCCCCAGCUCUGGAAAAAAUUAAGAGACCACUGCAAAUGUUUCUUAAAUCAGCAUCUCUACAUGUAUGACAGCCAUUCCAUUCCAGUGUCUGUUGAAUUCCACCAACACAGGCACACCUCAUUCUACUGAAUUAGGUACUGAUUAGAUGAUCACCUGAACCAAAUCUUAUUUAACGAGGAAAAGUAUAAAAACCACUGCUGUGGUCAUCACUAUCCUCUUGCAAUAGGACCAGCUGGAUGGCAAAACAGUGCUAAUAGUACCUCCAAAAGUAAUAUUAAUUAAAAAAAUAACUAUUGACCAUGCCAAAAGAGUUGAAAAUGAAAGUUUUGAGUGAGGAAAAGAACGAUUCAAUUCUGGCUUUACUGGCAGAGGGAUAAAGUGAGCGUCAGGUUGCUUCCAUCCUUAAAAUUUCAAAGAGGGCAGUUCAUAAGAACAAGGUCAAGCAGCAGACAUUGGGGACAACAAAGCUACACACUCUACUGACCGGGAUGACCGCCAACUCAUUCGAAUGUCACUCAACAACCGUAGGAUGACAUCAAGUGACCUACAAAACUAAUGGCAAAUGGCAGCUGGGGUGAAGUGCACGGCGAGGACAGCUCGAAACAGGCUCCUAGGGGCAGGGCUGAAGUCGUGCAAAGCUAGAAAAAAGCCCUUCAUCAAUGAGAAGCAAAGAAGAGCCAGGCUGAGGUUUGCAAAAGACCAUAAGGAUUGGACCAUAGAGGACUGGAGUAAGGUCAUCUUCUCUGAUGAGUCCAAUUUUCAGCUUUGCCCAACACCUGGUCGUCUAAUGGUUAGACGGAGACCUGGAGAGGCCUACAAGCCACAGUGUCUCGCACCCACUAUGAAAUUUGGUGGAGGAUCGGUGAUGAUCUGGGGGUCCUUCAGCAAGGCUGGAAUCGGGCAGAUUUGUCUUUGUGAAGGACGCAUGAAUCAAGCCACGUACAAGGUUGUCCUGGAAGAAAACUUGCUUCCUGUUGCUCUGACAUUGUUCCCCAACUCUGAGGAUUGGUUUUUCCAGCAGGACAAUGUGCCAAGCCACACAGCCAGGUCAAUCAAAGUGUGGAUGGAGGACCACCAGAUCAAGACCCUGUCAUGGACAGCCCAAUCUCCAGACCUGAACCCCAUUGAAAACUUCUGGAAUGUGAUCAAGAGGAAGAUAAAUGGUCACAAGCCAUCAAACAAAGCCGAGCUGCUUGAAUUUUUGCGCCAGGAGUGGCAUAAAGUAACCAACAUCAAUGUGAAAGACUGGUGGAGAGCAUGCCAAGACGCAUGAAAUCUGUGAUUGAAAAUCAGGGUUAUUCCACCAUAUAUUGAUUUCUGAACUGUUAAAACAUUAGUAUUGUGUUGUUUAAAAAUGAACAUGAACUUAUUUUCUUUGCACUAUUCGAGGUCUAACAACACUGCAUAUUUUUUGUUAUUUUGACCAGUUUCCAUUUUCUGCAAAUAAAUGCUCUAAAUGACAAUAUUUUUAUUUGGAAUUUGGGAGAAAUGUUGUCAGUAGUUUAUAGAAUAAAAAAAAAAUGUUAAUUUCACCCAAACACAUACCUAUAAAUAGUAAAACCAGAGAAACGUAUAUUUUUGUAGUGGUCUCUUUAUUUUUCCAGAGCUAUAUAUAUAUAUAUAUAUAUAUAUAUAUAUAUAUUACACAGUGAGGGGAAAAAAGUAUUUGAUCCCCUGCUGAUUUUGUAUGUUUGCCCACUGACAAAUGGGCAAACAUACAAUGGUAAGUUUAUUUGAACAGUGAGAGACAGAAUAACAACAAAAAAAUCCAGAAAAACACAUGUCAAAAAUGUUAUAAAUUGAUUUGCAUUUUAAUGAGGGAAAUAAGUAUUUGACCCCCUCUCAAUCAGAAAGAUUGCUGGCUCCCAGGUGUCUUUUAUACAGGUAACGAGCUGAGAUUAGGAGCACACUCUUAAAGGGAGUGCUCCUAAUCUCAGUUUGUUACCUGUAUAAAAGACACCUGUCCACAGAAGCAAUCAAUCAAUCAGAUUCCAAACUCUCCACCAUGGCCAAGACCAAAGAGCUCUCCAAGGAUGUCAGGGACAGGAUUGUAAACCUACACAAGGCUGGAAUGGGCUACAAGACCAUCGCCAAGCAGCUUGGUGAGAAGGUGACAACAGUUGGUGCGAUUAUUCGCAAAUGGAAGAAACACAAAAGAACUGUCAAUCUCCCUCGGCCUGGGGCUCCAUGCAAGAUCUCACCUCGUGGAGUUGCAAUGAUCAUGAGAACGGUGAGGAAUCAGCCCAGAACUACACGGGAGGAUCUUGUCAAUGAUCUCAAGGCAGCUGGGACCAUAGUCACAAAGAAAACAAUUGGUAACACACUACGCCGUGAAGGACUGAAAUCGUGCAGCAACCGAAAGGUCCCCCUGCUCAAGAAAGCACAUAUACAGGCCCGUCUGAAGUUUGCCGAUGAACAUCUGAAUGAUUCAGAGGAGAACUGGGUGAAAGUGUUGUGGUCAGAUGAGACCCAAUUCGAGCUCUUUGUCAUCAACUCAAUUCGCCGUGUUUGGAGGAGGAGGAAUGCUGCCUAUGACCCCAAGAACACCAUCCCCACCGUCAAACAUGGAGGUGGAAACAUUAUGCUUUGGGGGUGUUUUUCUGCUAAGGUGACAGGACAACUUCACCGCAUCAAAGGGACGAUGGACGGAGCCAUGUACCGUCAAAUCUUGGGUGAGAACCUCCUUCCCUCAGCCAGGGCAUUGAAAAUGGGUCGUGGAUGGGUAUUCCAGCAUGACAAUGACCCAAAACACAAGGCAACAAAGGAGUUGCUCAAGAAGAAGCACAUUAAGGUCCUGGAGUGGCCUAGCCAGUCUCCAGACCUUAAUCCCAUAGAAAAUCCGUGGAGGGAGCUGAAGGUUCGAGUUGCCAAACGUAAGCCUCGAAACCUUAAUGACUCGGAGAAGAUCUGCAAAGAGGAGUGGGACAAAAUCCCUCCUGAGAUGUGUGCAAACCUGGUGGCCAACUACAAGAAACAUCUGACCUCUGUGAUUGCCAAAAAGGGUUUUGCCACCAAGUACUAAGUCAUGUUUUGCAUAGGGGUCAAAUACUUAUUUCCCUCAUUAAAAUGCAAAUCAAUUUAUAACAUUUUUGACAUGCAUUUUUCUGGAUUUUUUGGUUGUUAUUCUGUCUCUCACUGUUCAAAUAAACCUACCAUUAAAAUUAUAGACUGAUCAUGUCUUUGUCAGUGGGCAAACGUACAAAAUCAGCAGGGGAUCAAAUACUUUUUUCCCUCACUGUAUAUAGAUAUAUUUCCUGAGCUACCAUAUCUCCUAGAUAUGAUAUAUUCUUUGACUGUCUUGUUUGUCAUUUAUGAAUGUGUAAUUCAAUGCGUUUUCUCUGGGCCAUAGUAGUAAAGGCCGAAUUCAAUAUUUUAUCAAAUAUUUUGCUGUUGUUUUGUUACCCAAAGGGGUCCUAAAAUUCCAAAUCAAAUAGCUAAAUGAGCCAUAGUAUGACCAUCUUAAAACAAUCCCCCCCCCCCCCCCCCCCCCCACGGCUUAGACUUUUAAGUAUUAGAAGUGUUCUAUUUCAUAUCAUAUGAGUACUAUGUCAUAACAAUGUGUGCUAUGUCGUGGUUAUUCCCCCCAGGUCUAAGGAGAUGGAGGCCAAGCUGCGUCUCUCCUGUAAGGAGAACCUGCUGAGACUGGCGGAGGAGGAGGAGGAGGAGGAGAACAUAGAGGCAAUCUCCCAGCAGCAAAAGUAACUACACACACACACGCUUAAAACACACAUACAUACAUACAUACAUACAUGCAUGCAUACAUACAUACAUACAUACAUACAUACAGUGCAUUCGGAAAGUAUUCAGACCUAAAAUGGAUUAAAUAGUUCAUUUUCCUCAUCAAUCUACACGCAAUACCCCAUAAUGACAAAGCAAAAACAUGUUUUUAGACAUUUUUGCAAAGUACUUUGUUGAAGCACCUUUGGCAGCGAUUACAGCCCCAAGUCUUCUUGGGUAUGACGCUACAAGCUUGGCACACCUGUAGUUGGGGAGUUUCUCCCAUUCUUCUCUGCAGAUCCUCUCAAGCUCUGUCAGGUUGGAUGGGGAGCGUCGCUGCACAGCUAUUUUCAGGACUCCAGAGAUGUUUGAUCGGGUUCAAUCUGGCCUCUGGCUGGGCCACUCAAGGACAUUCAGAGACUUGUCCCGAAGCCACUCCUGCGUUGUCUUGGCUGUGUGCUUAGGGUUCCCCAGUCUGAGGUCCUGAGCGCUCUUCAUCAAGGAUCUCCCUGUACUUUGCUCCAUUCAUCUUUCCCUCGACCCUGACUAGUCUCCCAGACCCUGCCGCUGAAAAACAUCCCCACAGCAUGAUGCUGCCACCACCAUGCUUCACCGUAGGGAUGGUGCCAGGUUUCCUCCAGAUGUGACGCUUGGCAUUCAGGCCAAAGAGUUCAAUCUUGGUUUCGUCAGACCAGAGAAUCUUGUUUCUCAUGGUCUGAGAGUCCUUUAGGUGCCUUUUGGCAAACUCCAAGCGGGCUGUCAUGUGCCUUUUACUGAGGAGUGGCUUCCGUCUGGCCACUCUACCAUAAAGGCUUGAUUGGUGGAGUGCUGCAGAGAUGGUUGUUCUUCUGGAAGGUUCUCCCAUCUGCACAGAGGAACUCAGGAGCUCUGUCAGAGUGACCAUCGGGUUCUUGGUCACCUCCCUGACCAAGGCCCUUCUCCCCUGAUUGCUCAGUUUAGCCGGGCGGACAGCUCUAGGAAGAAUCUAGGUGGUUCCAAAUUCUUCCAUUUAAGAAUGAUGGAGGCCAAUGUGUUCUUGGGGACCUUCAAUGCUGCAGAAAGUUGUUGGGUACCCUUCCCCAGAUCUGUGCCUCGACACAAUCCUGUCUUGGAGCUCUACGGACAAUUCCUUCGACCUCAUGGCUUGGUUUUUGCUCUGACAUGGACUGUCAACUGUGGGACCUUAUAUAGACAGGUGUGUGCCUUUCCACAUCAUGUCCAAUCAAUUGAAUUUACCACAGGUAAAUGAUGUAGAAACAUCUCAAGAAUGAUCAAUGGAAACAGGAUGCACCUGCGCUCAAUUUUGAGUCUCAUAGCAAAGGGUCUGAAUACUUAUGUAAAUAAGGUAUUUCUGUUUUUAUUUUUAAUAAAUUUGUAAAAAUGUCUAAAAAUCUGUUUUCGCUUUGUCAUUAUGGGGUAUUGUAUGUAGAUUGAUGAGGAUAUAUAUAUAUAUAUUUUUUUACAUCCAUUUUAGAAUAAGGCUGUAUUGUAACAAAAAGUGGAAAAAGUCAAGGGGUCUGAAUACUUUCCUAAUGCACUGUACAUACUUAAUGUACAUACACAAAAGAGGAGAGCACAUAAAACAUAGAGGAGGCCAGGUAGCCUAGCGGUUAAGCGCGAAAGGUCGCUGGUUCGAAUCCCUGAGCCGACAAGGUGGAAAAACCUGCCGUUCUGCCCCAAGGUACUUAAUCCCCAACAACAACCGCUUCCCAGGCGCCGAAGAUGUCGAUUUAAGGCGGAUAACUGCAGAAGAUUCAUUUCGGUUUAACUGUCUAGGUACCCCCAACUGUCUAGGUACCCCCUUUUCCUUUCUCCCAGGAGCAGUGGUAACUACACACACACACAUGAGGAGGACUAAUAACCACAAUCCCACACUUCCAUGUGUGUAUCUCUUGUCAACCCCAGGGAGUUCCUGCAGCGUUUCUCAGUGUUGUCUAGUGCCAUCCAGGACCUGCACUCCGGCGAAGCGGUGUUCAGCCUGGACAACUUUGGCCGUCUCUUCAGCCAACACACACUGCAGCUGAGACACUGUAACGUCACCCCGUGUGACACCACACAGAAAACAAUCCUCUGGUAAGGUGUGUGUGUGUAUCUGUGAGAGAGUGAAAAGACUGAGAGGAAAUGUUCAGUUCUCUCCUCUCUUGCCCCCAUCACCCCAUCUCUCAAAAAAAUGUCCUCUCCCUCCAUUCUCUCGUUCCCUCUGUGUAUCUCAGGUCAUCUCCAGACCAGUUCAGGACCCAGGUCAGUUCCCAGCUGUUCCAGAGAGCCUACCGCUCCUCCCCCUGCCCUCCCCAGGUGGCCCGCUGGCUCUUCCAGGUACUACUCUACACCCCCUUUUACCUCUUCCUUGCGCUAGACAAAUCAAAUUGAUUUGUUUGUAUAAUUACUUAAAUGUAAAUGAUUGAUCAGUGGAUUGAUGUCUCCUCUCUCUUGCUCGCUCUCUCUCUGGUGGUUUGGUGGUACGCAAUUCGUUUUUUUGGGGGGGCGGGGGGGGGGGGGUUUAAUCAAAUGAGGAUGGCUCAUUAAAGACAGACAAAAAGUCAGCCUCUCUCUCUCCCUCCUGUAGAUGAUGUCAGUCCACUCAGACAAGCUGACCUGUCAUCAGGUCCUUAAGGCCCUUGGAGAUAUUGCCUGCUCUGCUGCUGAACACAUGGUGCUGAAUAAGAGUGAGAGGUAUGAGGUUUGGGUGCCCAGUGUUGGAGACGUGACCCUGGUCUUCAUGAACAUGGGGGUUCCCUUUGUCACACUGUUCCCCCUGGAGAACCUACAACCCCCCUUCACUGAGGGAGACCUGAUGUAAGUCUGUGUGUGUGUCUGUGUGUCAAUAACAACUUUGUUCAUACAAUUUUUAUGAUAGACGGUAAUAACUACGUGUGUGUGUGUGUGUGUGUGUGUGUGUGUGUGUGUGUGUGUGUGUGUGUGUGUGUGUGUGUGUGUAGAGAGGGCAUCCAGAUCAGCACAGAGAGCCUGUCCAGUAAGAAGCUCAGAACUUUCCCUGAACACAACUUUGACAACGUCAUCAAGUACAUGUGUCAUUGUACGUCGUUGUGCCCGCGGGCCUACAGUGACAGAGACCUGCUGUUACUCCUGACGGUGGUGAGCAGAGUGGGCCUGGACACGCAGCUCACCCUCCAGCCCACCGAGCACCUCCGCUCCCUACUGCACAACCUGGUCAACAGCAUCAGGGACUUGGACAGCAUGGUCAGUCAGUCAACCUUUUUAUUUCUUUCUUCUUCUGUGGCUUCUGAGUGGUGCCGUAGUAACACGUGUACACGUGCAACCACAAUGGUUGUGGGUUCAAUCCCCGCCUCAGCCUUUCUAACUUAAUCUUAUACUUGCUUGUCUCCCCCAUCCACUUAUUCGCUGUCUAAAUAAACCCAGGGCUAAAUAAUCCCAGCCUCCUUAGCCCGGGGCUAAGGGAGUGUUCACACUUGCACAUUCUAAAGUGGGCUAGCGCCAACCUUAGCCCAGGGCUAGCUGGCCCUGCUCCGGAGCAGGGUUAGCACCGAACUCUCUUGUUUACCUGUCCGGGUCGACAGGGAGAGAUUAUUUCACAGAAAAUAAUAAUGUUCCAUGAGUUUUGUCAAAGUUUCGAGUGACGAAACGUAGCUAGCUAAUGUCAACUAACAACUCUCAUGUCUUGUUGUGCGCAACAGCGGAACCAUUGCUAUGGAUACUCAAACACACAGCACAGGGAGUGGGGGACAGACCAAGACAAACAGCUAUAGAUAGGAGGAAGUUACUGUAUUUCUGAUUUCGGGUUCGGCCGCACCUUUAACUUUGGCAGAAGCAAUCGGGCCAGAGUAGGGCCUGAAUGUUGCGGGCAUGGGCAGGGCAGGACUCUAGAUAGAAUGUAACAUUGAACGCAUGUCAGAAAUAGGAUGUACUUGUCGCAUGUUGUGUUUGUACGUUAGCCCAGGUCUUUGGAAUGCAAGUGUGAAUCCUUGGCACAGGGUUAACAAAUGCUUGUGUUAAUGUGGGAUUAGCUAGCCCAGGGCCAGUCUUAGCCAGGGGCAUUGUGAAAUGCAGUGUGAAAAGGCCUUGAAAGGGGAAAUUCCACCACUUUUCGACCUCGUAUUCAUGAUCUCUGGUACCAUACCAGUGUCUACAUACAGUACGUGAAAAUGGCACAUUUCUACAUUUUGUAGUAAAAAAAUAUAAAGUUAAAAAGUGCAAUUGGUGUAAUCUAAAGUAAAAACAUUUUAACUCGUGGUGACACCGGGAGCAUGGGAAUGCCCUCCCCCUGGCUAGAAACUCAUUGCAGGUUUUGACAUUGAAUUAGGAAUUACAAUAGUAAUUUAAUAGGAUCUCUAUGGGUUUUUCAAAUCACUUUUUAUUUUUUAUUUUUUUCUCCUACUCUAUAAUGUCUUAGAUUAUGACUUUUUUUAGGACCUUCUUAUCUUUUUAACUACAGAAUGUAGACAUGCACCAUUUUUACAUACACUGAGCCCCAAAAGUAUUGGGGCAGUGACACAUUGUUUGUUGUUUUGGCUCUGUACUCUAGCACUUUGGAUGAUACAAAGUUAAAGUGCAGACUGUCAGCAUUAAUUUGAAGGUAUUAUCAUUCAUAUCGUAUUAUCAUUGUGGUCCUUUGUAGCUCAAUUGGUAGAGCAUGGCGCUUGUAACGCCAGGGUAGUGGGUUCGAUCCCCGGGACCACCCAUACAUAAAAAUGUAUGCACGCAUGACUUUAAGUCGCUUUGGAUAAAAGCGUCUGCUAAAUGGCAUAUUAUUUAUUAUUAUUAUAUCGGAUGAACCGUUUAGAAAUUACAGCACUUUUUGUACAUAGUCCCCCCAUUUUAGGGGACCAAAAGUAUUGGGACAAAUUCACUUGUGUAUUAAAGUAGUCAAAAGUGUAAUAUUUGGUCCCAUAUUCCUAGCACACAAUGAUUUACAUCAAGCUUGACUCUACAAACUUGUUGAAUGCAUUUGCUGUUUGUUUUGAUUGUUUUUGAGAUUACUUUGUGCCCAAUAGAAAUUAAUGAGAUAUAAUGUAUUGUGCAUUUUGGAGUCACUUGCUAACCUCUCACCAUUACAAGAACAGGGGAAGUUAGCAUUUUUUAGGGGGAUGAUAUUUGUGCAUCUGUAACUUUGUAUCAUUUCAAAUCCAAAGUGCUGGAGUACAGAGCCAAAAUCACAAAAAAUGUGUCACUAACCACGUUUUUAUCCAAUUACCUGCCGCAUUAACAAAAGUCACGACCGUGCGGAUGGAAACAUAAAUGCCGACAGACAAUUAGUUUGUUCCACAUGGUGGAAUCUUUUUGUGUCUGUAAAUUAAAUUAUGCGAGAAAUGGCAGUGGAAUGCUUUUAUGAACAAAUAUUAAUAUAAUAACCAUCAUAUCGAAGUAAAUUUGGAGUCAUCCGAGUCUCCCACUCCGACUCGGGAAAGCAUACAGUUUAUUAGGCUACAGAUUAAAUAAGUGAUGAUGAACUUCACAGGGUGGUGAAUUUGCAAGGUGAUGAGCUUGAUGCUUCUGUCCAAUAAAUAUUUUGGGUAUUUUUCUGGUGACAUGAUGAUCAAUGCUUUGCUGCCAUUUGACAAAUAGAAAUAAUAUCACUCUUAUCCAUAAUAAUCUCAUAAUGUAGGUAGCCUACCCACACUGUAUCUGCGAGAUGUUGGUUAAAGUGCACGUGUCAAGACCAGAGUGGGCACAUUUGAAAUAUAACGCAACAGUUUUUGUGACAAAACCAUCAGUAGAGUUGAAAAUGAUGGAAACCCAUUUACAGUUGAAGUCGGAAGUUUACAUACACUUAAGUUGGAGUCAUUAAAACUCAUUUUUCAACCUCUCCACAAAUUUCUUGUUAACAAACUAUAGUUUUGGCAAGUCGGUUAGGACAUCUACUUUGUGCAUGACACAAGUAAUUUUUCCAACAAUUGUUUACAGACAGAUUAUUUAAUUUAUAAUUCACUGUAUCACAAUUCCAGUGGGUCAGAGGUUUACAUACACUAAGUUGACUGUGCCUUUAAACAGCUUGGAUGAUGUCAUGGCUUUAGAAGCUUCUGAUAGGCUAAUUGACAUCAUUUGAGUCAAUUGGAGGUGUACCUGUGGAGGUAUUUUAAGGCCUACCUUCAAACUUACUUGACAUCAUGGGAAAAUCAAAAGAAAUCAGCCAAGACCUCAGAUUUUUUUUUUUUGCCCUCCACAAGUCUGGUUCAUCAUUGGGAGCAAUUUCCAAACGCCUGAAGGUACCACGUUCAUCUGUACAAAAAAUAGUACGCAAGUAUAAACACCAUGGGACCACGCAGCCGUCAUACUGCUCAGGAAGGAGACGCGUUCUGUCUCCUAGAGAUGAAUGUACGUUGGUGCGAAAAGUGCAAAUCAAUCCCAGAACAACAGCAAAGGACCUUGUGAAGAUGCUGGAGGAAACAGGUACAAAAGUAUCUAUAUCCACAGUAAAACGAGGCCUAUAUCGACAUAACCUGAAAGGCCGUUCAGCACGGAAGAAGCCGCUGCUCCAAAACCGCCAUAAAAAAGCCUGACUACGGUUUGCAACUGCACAUGGGGACAAAGUUCGUACUUUUUGGAGAAAUGUCCUCUGGUCUGAUGAAACAAAAAUAGAACUGUUUGGCCAUAAUGACCAUCGUUAUGUUUGGAGGAAAAAGGGGGUUGCUUGCAAGCCGAAGAACACAAUCCCAACCGUGAAGCACGGGAGUGGCAGCAUCAUGCUGUGGGGGUGCUUUGUUGCAGAAGGGACUGGUGCACUUCACAAAAUAGAUGGCAUCAUAAAGAAGGAAAAUUAUGUGGAUAUAUUGAACCAGCAUCUCAAGACAUCAGUCAGGAAGAUAAAGCUUGGUUGCAAAUGGGUCUUCCAAAUGGACAAUGACCCCAAGCAUACUUCCAAAGUUGUGGCAAAAUGGCUUAAGGACAACAAAGUCAAGGUAUUGGAGUGGCCAUCACAAAGCCCUGACCUCGAUCCUAUAGAAAAUGUGUGGGCAGAACUGAAAAAGCGUGUGCGAGCAAGGAGGCCUACAAACCUGACUCAGUUACACCAGCUCUGUCAGGAGGAAUUGGCCAAGAUUCACCCAACUUAUUGUGGGAAGCUUGUGGAAGGCUACCUGAAACGUUUGACCCAUGUUAAACAAUUUAAAGGCAAUGCUACCAAAUACUAAUUGAGUGUAAACUUGUGACCCACUGGGAAUGUGAUGAAAGAAAUAAUUCUCUCUACUAUUAUUCUGACAUUUCACAUUCUUAAAAUAAAGUGGUGAUCCUAACUGACGUUGUGAAAAACCGAGUUUAAAUGUAUUUGGCUAAGGUGUAUAUAAACUUCCGACUUCAACUGUAUUUAAAUAUUAUUUUUUGUUACUUUUUACCCCUUUUUUCUCCCCAAUUUCAUGAUAUCCAAUUGGUAGUUACGGUCUUGCCCCAUCGCUGCAACUCCCGUACGGACUGGGGAGAGGUGAAGGUCGAGAGCCAUGUGUCCUCCGAAACACCACCCUGCCAAGCCGCACUGCUUCUGACACACUGCUCGCUUAACCCAGAAGCCAGCCGCACCAACGUGUGGGAGGAAACACCGUACAACUGGCGACCGUGUCAGCGUGCAUGCGCCACAGGAGUUGCUAGAGGACAAGGAAGUCCCAGCUGGCCAAACCCUCCCCUAACCCGGAUGACGCUGGGCCAAUUGUGCGCCGCCUCAUGGGUCCCCCGGUCGCGUCCGGCUGCGACACAGCCCGGGAUCAAAACCUUGUCUGUAGUGACGCCUCUAGCACUGCGAUGCAGUGCCUUAGACCGCUGCACCACUCGGGAGGCCCUAUGGAAACCCAUUUAACUUGUAUUUUUCAUUCGGUACAUCGAAUUUAAAGGCAAAAGUUAUUUUUAUGUGCACUACGUCAUCGUGCACAGCCUUUUAUCCGCAAAAGGUCAGUUUGAUGGAAACAUCUCUGGUGGAAAAUGCGCAUAUUGUUCUAUACAGAUUUUUGAAUAUUCACAUGAAAAUCUGUCACAAAUUGGAUGGAAACCUAUCUACUGUCCCAAAACCUUUGGAGCUCACUGUAUGUAGACACUGGUAUGGUUCUGGAGAUGAAUGAAUGAAUGUCACCAUUUCUUUCUUUUGCUUUUUUGAAGUUUCUUUAUUUCCUUUGCUAGGUAAACUCAUCUCACUGUUUUGUGUGUGUGUGUGUGUGUUUCGCCUGUCUGAUUGUUGAUGUUGAUCCAUCUCCUGUCCUGUCCUGUAGCUGCCCAGGAUCUGCAUGUCGCUGGUCGACCUGACUGAGGACCACCACAACCUGCGCUGGCUGGUCGAGCUCCUGCCAGACAGCAUGCGUGGCAAGCAACUCAGGAGACACAUCAGUGUGUCGGCCAUCUCCAAGCUACUGAACAAGAAAUGCACUUACAUUCCCUCCAACACAGAGUUCCAGCUGUCAGACCUGCGUCCCUACCUCUCCAGAAUGCGGCCCUCCUCACUCCUCCGGGGCCUGGCCACCUCCUGCUCCAGGAGGAGUCCCCACCCACACAGAGAGCGGGAGGGGGAGGAAGAAGAGGAGGACUGUGCCUCCCUGGACCAGCAGGUCAACAAAGGUUUAUUUACCAGGGUAUAUAAGGGUCAUUUUGCAACGGAAAACAUUUUGCAACAAAACGGAAAUGUCUUAUUAGACAAGAGUAGCAACUAGUCCCUCCCAUCUUAGGUUUGUUUGCUUGCGUCUGGUUCCUAGUGACUACACCCCUGUUGUCCAAUUAAAUCAGAUUUUCAUUAGGUCACACAACCAACAGUGGUUUGCAAGGGAAAUAUAUAUAACAAUUUAUUGGAGCAAUAGUCAAAGUCGUCCCUGUUUUCUUCCGUUUGGUGUCCAAUGAACACAUUGUUGUUUUCAGGCCUACUACCUCUGCUACAGCCUCCUGGCCCUGGCCAACGAAGCCACCAACUUUGAGUUCUUCCCUUCGGAGCAAAAGAACCAGUUGUUGUUGCUAAGUGCUGAGCUGGAGAAACACAUCAAAAGUGACAUCAGGGAGAGUGAGAAGAUGCUGUACAGGAGCAAGGUAUGUGGUCACUUCUUCCGUAUAGACAACAUUUCUAUGGGAACUGUAAUCCACAUAAAUGCAUUAAUGAUGAUAUGAUCUCUCUGGUUAAACGGCUCUUAACCCCCCUCGUUCUCUCUCCCUCUCUCCUCCUCUUCCUCUCUCUCCGCACUCUCUUCGUCAUCCACCCCACCUCUCGCUCUCUCUUCCUCAUCGCUCACUCUUUCUCCCUCUAGGUGAAGGACUUUGUGGCCAGGAUCUACACCAAGUGGCAGGUGCUGGUCCAUAGAACCAGGCCUCUCCAGGUAGACAUGCAUAGAGAGAUACAGUACAGCUACAGUAUGUAAAGCCAUAACUAGAUGUGUGUGUGUGUGUGUGUGUGUGUGUGUGUGUGUGUGUGUGUGUAGAUAGAUAUGCAUAUGUGUGUGUAUAUAUAUAUAUGUGUGUGUAGUUAGUUCGGGGAAGUACUGCCAGGGCAACUAGUAUCGCAGAGCUGUGAUUUAAUGCUGUGUAUUUAUUAUUGCAUAGUAAAACUGUUGUAAUAAUGUUAUGUUUAUUCCCUACAGGGUAAACUGUAGUAAUAUGUUUGAUAGCAAUGUGAUUUGUUUUAUAGUAAUUAAAUGUGUGUGUUGCCUCCAGGGUAAACUGUAUGACUACUGGCAGCCUCUGCCUGAGGAUGCUGUGAGCAGCAGCCAGGAGAGCCAACACUUCCACAGGGAGAGAGAAGUGGCGGAAGAGAGAGGGGAAAGGGUCAUGGAGGUGGAAGGAGAAGAGGAUGAGGGGGACGAGGUAGGACAAGACGGAGAGGGACAAGACAAGGAGGAGAGGACACCAGAAAAGCACUAUGCCAUGGAGGAAGCUGAGGAACGAAAGGACAUUCAGGGAGAGGAGGAAGACUAACUUCUAAAGAUGGAGGAGAUGGAUGAGAUGGAUGAGGUGGAUGAGGUGGAGGAGAUGGAGGAGGU